AGCUUCUUUUUCGCAUUCAGCAAGCACAUUUUCUAAACCAAUCACCAACAUCGAACGCUAUGGCCACUCCCAAGUCUGCUCCUAAAGCCAAGCGCGCCAGCACCUCCCACCGCAAGCCGAAGCGCAGCUGGAACGUGUACGUGAAUCGCUCCCUCAAAGCCAUUAACAAGCAGAUGAGCCUGAGCGGCCGCACCACGAAGAUCGUGAACUCGUUUGUGAACGACAUCUUCGAGCGCAUUGCGACGGAGGCCGCAACGUUGGUGCGGGUGAACAAGAAGCGCACGCUGGGCGCCCGCGAGCUGCAGACGGCUGUCCGUCUGGUGCUCCCCGCGGAGCUCGCCAAGCACGCCAUGGCGGAGGGUACCAAGGCCGUUUCCAACGCGGCCCAUUAGAAGAAUUUUGCACCCUUCUAGUCCCUUCCACUGGGCUUAAUAUAGAGUUUAAUAGUUUAUUAUUAUUUUAUUUUAUUUUCUUUCUUUUUCCUUUUUUUUGAUUUCUUUUUCGAAUCUGAACUGACAGGGGAACGCUAUGAUUCAAUUUUUGUUCGGUGCGUGUGGUUAAAAAAAUAUUUAUAUAACACUCAGCAACUUCACAUAGAAACUACAUCGCUGAAUUAGUUGAUCUAGAGAUGAAACGAUUAUCUCCGAA